AUGGAUGAGGUGAUACCGUUGUUUCGUGAUUUUCAUAUUGCUCAGGUUAAAGAUUACCAACUGGGAUUACAAAACGAUUUGGUGAAAACCAAUGAAAUCUUUCAAGAAAACUUACUAAAGAACUAUAACAAGAUCCUGGACUUGACCGAUUCUGUCAAUGAUUUGUCACUUAACUUGAAGUCUAUCGAUCAGGAUUUUAAGUCUCUAUGCUUUGAUGAUGAGCAGUUUCAAUUGAAUAAAUUACCUCCACUACCACCGCGAAGUAUCACCACUCAUGUAUCGCCACUUGGUAGCGAGGUCGCGGUCACCAUUCCACCGCAAAACAUCCUAGUAAUUUCAAAUUGGACCAUUUCAAUUAGCAAUUUUUGCAACCGUGUCGCCACCUCUACUACUCCGUCUCGUAUAUUCGAUGAGUUGCUGUUGAAUUUUCAUGAACUAUCCUUAACAUCAGUACCCACUAAGUUUGAAAUUCUAAUCGGGAAUAAAUGCUACCAGUUACAGAAGUUCUUGGUAGACUCCAUGAGUGCGUUGAACUUUACCCUACUGCAGUGGGUAAAACUAUAUAAUUUACUAAACACCGAGUUUACCUCGAAGUGGGAUGAUAAUUUACUUUCUGCAUUCAAUGAGUCCUUAUUUGAAACACUAUUCAACGAAAAUGUUCAAGCUUUGUUAAAUUCAAGCACUAAUAAUAAGAAACACCAAUAUUACUCCAAUGAACAAAAUGAUAAUUCAACUGUCGCAGAUUUUGUCAAUUCAUCCACUUUUAGAGAUCAUCUCAUUCGUAGAACUGUGAAAGAAAUAAACGCCCAUUUAGAUACUCUUUCUACGUUACUGGCUAAACUCAAGAAUUCGGACUCUCUUCAUCAACUGAAUAUCUUUCACGACAGUGAUGAAAACUACGGCCAUAACAUCGAAUCCCCGUCUGAUGAGGACACGCUGAAACACUACAUAGAUACAGCAAUAUCCUAUUCAAAGGGGUUGACUAAUGACACCACGUUGCAAAUUUAUCAGGCCGUGCAGCCCACGAUUGAAAUUUUACAAAACCUCGAAAUGUAUAAAUGUCCCCGGGAAACGCUGGCUGAUUUAAAAACGAGCUUGAUCACGCAGUUGCAAGAUUUCAAAACCCAGAUCGAAUCUUCUUUGUCUUCAUUGCCGGAGAAUCCAACAGCCAUUGUGGAUGACUUCAUGGCCUCGUACAACAAUCACAAUCUCUUGCAAUUAGUCACCGAUCAAAUUACUCAAUUAAGACAAUGCUAA